CUGUUUCCUCGUAAACAGACAGAAGAAACCGUCUCGCCGCGUCUAAAAUGGUCGUAUGUAACUUUUUCCUCCAGGGCCGCUGUCGUUACGGGGAGAAAUGUUGGAAUGAGCACCCGAGAGGAGGAGGAGGAGGAGGAGGAGGAGGAUAUAACGACAGCUACAGCCGCUCCCGUGGUCAACAUCAGCAGCAGCCCAGAGGAGGAGGAGGGUUUGGGAACAGAGUUUGGGUGAAUCCUUCCCAGCAAAGAGGAAGCUAUAUUCAGCCGUCAUCCUUCGCCUCACAGGGAAGCAGUGACUGGGGUUCUGGACGAGAAGGAGGAGGAGGAGGAGGAGGAGGAGGAGGAGGAGGGGGUGGUGGUGGAGGGAGAAGAGAAAACUUGAAGAGCUCCGAUUUCAGUUUCUCAGGCCCGAAUCGAUUUUCUGCCCUCAAUGCUCCGAAUGCAUUUGACAGGGGAGGAAGAGGAGGAACAGCUGGAGGAGGAAUGGCUGGGGAUGAAGACGAUGAUAAAAAACUUGAAGUCAUUCAGAUGGACAUGGAUGUUUGGGAGAGUUCAGGACAGUGGGGCUUCUCGUGUUACUCGUACUUCAAGACGCCCAUAUCUGGUUUCACUGAUCUCUCACCAGAGGAGCUCAGGCUGGAGUACUACUCCACCAGAGCAUCAGGAGAUCUGCAGGGCUAUCUAAACGGUGUUAAUCAGCUGCUCAGUCAGUGGAAAAGCAGAGUCCAGGAGCUGAAGAUUAUGAAUCCGUCCACGCGUCUGGCUUUGCUUGCCGAAUUAAACGGAACAGGUCCGCAUUCGUCUUCGAGUGGCUUUGGUUCCACAACGGUGACCGGAUUUGGGUCCUCCACAUCCAGCUUCGGAAGCAAAGGCUUUGAGGCUCCAGCACCAGCCCAGCCCAACAGCUUCGGUUUCCCAGCUCCGGGUGCUGGAUUUGGUUCUUCAUCUGCAUCUUCACCCUCAACUGGGUUUGGUAGCCUUAUAACUGCUCCAACACAACCUUCAUCUGGGUUCGGGUCUUCCUCUACAUCUUCUGCUUCAUCCUUCUCAUUCGCCGCCCCGAGCGCAGACAAGCCCACAGCCUCUUUAGGAUUUGGAUCGGCCUCAGGGUUCAGCUUCUCUUCCGCGGCACCAAACCCAGGGGGAGGGUUCGGGAGCACUUUCGGGGCAGUGAGUGCUUCACCUGCAGCUGGAAGUGGCAUGGUUGGAGAGGCCACAGGCGGUCUGUUCUCGCCUGAGAGCAAACUUACGCAGGAGGAACUGAAUCAGUUUAAAGCCAAGAGGUUCACCUUAGGACAGAUUCCACUAAAACCUCCACCUGAAAGCAUGCUAGUGCUCUGACACUGUGGGAAAAGCUAAAAAUUCCCCUAUGUGUUGUUUAAUCCAGCCAAUGAACAUUUCUUCAUACAUUUUUCAGAAAUAUUUAGGUGCACACUACAUACAAUGCACAAAUUUCUACUUGGGACUCAUUUUAAAUGACAUCUUUUUCACCAUAAAAUUCUCAUUUUAAUUAAGAAGAAUAGUCUGUUUAUGAAUGUGAAUAUAUGUAUAUAUAUGUAAAGAAAUCAAGAGCAGCAACUACAACAAAUUUAUGAUGGGUCUUACGAUUAUUCAGAAGCAGGUUAUUAAUUGCCUUCCUAUGUAGGUCACAAAAAGCUGCAUUUGCAGGUGUUAUCCAGAAGAGGGCAAUACAAUAAGAGCUGGAGUGUUUCUCAGUUCUUUUGCCUUUUAUACUUAUUGUUUCUAAGGAGCAUCUUUGCUUCGAUGUGAGCAGUGCCUUUCAGAUUGUAUUUCUCUACAACAUUAAAACAAUAAUUGAAAA